UAGCGGAAGUGACGUCAGCGCAUUGUUUUUACACACCCUCGCUUGUCAUCUCGGCCGCGCUCCUCCAGUUUGGUCAGGGCGCUAUGAUUUACACCACAUACCCCGACAGAGGUUCAGUUCUUCAGAUUUAUCGCAGUUUGGCGUGAAGAAUCUGAUGUUUACUGUCCUGUGAGAGUGAGACAGCGAUGUCAGGAGGCGGCGGGCAGCUCAGCGUCAGACAGUGGACCCCCAAACACGUGGGCCGCUGGCUACGCGAGGAGGGCUUCUGCGAUUACGUGGACCUGCUGUGUAACAAACACCGUCUGGAUGGAACCAGCCUGCUGACGCUGAGCGAGUACGACCUGCGCUCUCCUCCGCUGGAGCUGAAGGUUCUGGGGGACAUCAAACGAUUGAUGGUUUCUCUCCGGAAGCUGCAGAAACAAAACGUUGACUUGUUAGAAGAGCUCGGGGUGUCUUAUGAUGGACACUCGCCCCAGAACAGCGGACCGGACUGGUUGUGUAACGGCGACUCCGUUCGUGAUUGUGACGCUGUUCUGGACACGUUGAGCAGCGGCGAGCAGUAUCACCAGUACAACAAUGGCAAGUACAAGCAACAGGUGCGGAGACUGGAUCCAGAGUACUGGAAAACAAUCAUGAGCUCCGUCUACGUGGUCUUCGUCUUUGGCUUCACGUCAUUCGUCAUGGUGAUCGUGCACGAACGAGUGCCAGACAUGAGGACGUACCCUCCACUUCCUGACAUAUUCCUGGACAGCGUACCCAGAAUCCCCUGGGCUUUUGCGAUGGCAGAGGCCUGUGGUGUGAUCUUGUGCUGUAUUUGGCUGCUAGUGUUGCUUCUUCAUAAACACAGGUCAAUCCUGUUGAGACGGUUGUGUAGUCUCAUGGGUACGGUCUUCAUGCUGCGGUGUGUUACCAUGUUCGUGACAUCACUGUCUGUACCGGGUCAACAUCUUCAAUGCACUGGGAAGAUAUACGGUGACAUGUGGGCGAAGCUUCAGCGUGCUGUGGCCAUAUGGAGCGGGUUUGGAAUGACCCUCACUGGAGUCCACACGUGUGGCGAUUACAUGUUUAGCGGUCACACAGUUGUUAUCACCAUGCUAAAUUUCUUUGUCACUGAAUACACGCCGCGCAGCUGGAACUUCAUACACACGCUGUCAUGGGUUCUGAACCUCUUCGGGAUCUUCUUCAUCCUAGCGGCCCAUGAGCAUUAUUCCAUCGACGUCUUCAUCGCGUUCUACAUCACCACCAGACUCUUCCUGUAUUACCACACGCUGGCCAACACACGGGCGUACCAGCAGAGCCGCCGCGCGAGAAUCUGGUUCCCCAUGUUCUCGUUCUUUGAGUGCAACGUUAACGGUCCCGUACCGAAUGAGUACUGCUGGCCAUUCGCUCGACCUGCUACAUUUAGGAGACUCAUUCGCUAACACAAACUGUUGUACUGUUGAUUCUGAACAGAUUGUUUGGCUUAAUUCUGCGUUGCCAUGAUGGACGCCAAAGACUGCGUCUAACACACAACAUGCACACAAAGACUGGAACAAUAAAUGCCCAUUACUGUAAAUAUAUAUUUUCUCCAUGGAUACUGAGGAUCCACAAGUUUUUAUUUCUGUUGCUUGACACUAAAAUCAUUAAACUGAAACAUGGGUCUUUUAAAAUCCUUUGCAUGACAGUUUUGUCAGUAUUAAUUUUGGUAAGAGUAGAUACUUGUGAUCUAAAGACGUUUCAACUUCCGCAUUGUAAGAUAAUUUCAUGAUCAGUCUUCGAAGCAAUAGAAAACGUCCUACGUUCUUGAACCUUUUACAUGUAAAAGACUUUUGUUUUGUUGCCAUAAUUGUUUUGUGUCAGAUGUCUAGAUUCAUUUCUUUCCUAGUGCAAAUGUUCUUUUGGCAGUAUUAGUUUAAUACCCAAUAAUACAAUGUAGUAUUUCUAGAUUUUGGGUAAAUCUCAGAAAGUAGAAAAAAGAUCUGCACACUGUUAUGUUCCCUUUAAUUUAAAAAAGUUAAAAAGUUUUUGUCUGAUGAAGGUCUUUGACCGAAACGUUGCUGCUUUUUAACUUUUUAUAAUGAAGGGAACAUAACAGUGUGCAGUUUUUUUUUCUAUUUUUUGAUUCGUCCUUUGAUCUUGCACCUGGUUAAGACUGUUUUGGAUGUGCGUAUUUUGAUCCUUUCUUAAAUCUAAGAAAGCAAAUUAAAGGAAAACAAUAAAUGCCAUUUUGCUCAUGGAAAAUUAAAAAGACUUAUUUUGAGACAUUCAAGAUAUUUUACUUUUAUUUUUUUAUGACAAUUAAGCACUCCCACCAAGUUCUUAGAGUUAUUACUGUAAAUGUAAUUAUUAUUAGAUUGUUGUACCCUAAAAAAUACAAAUCAGUUUAGGAUAAUUUUUUUCUUUAGAUUAUGGUGAUAAUUUCUUAGGUAAAAUUGUCAUACAAAUUAAACUCUCAAUUCAAAUAAUCUUAAUAGUUUUAAAAUAAACUGUAAUUAAUUUAAAUUACAUGUAAUGUAAAAAAAAAUUUAUUUAAGGUUGAAAUAUGACCCAAACAUAUUCUUGAUCAUUUUCAUGAGGCACGUUUUAAGUAUAUUGUCGAAACUUAAGAUGGUAAAUGAUUUUAACCACUUCAUUCCAGUUGCCAAUGAGCUGUCACAUGUCUCUCUGUAUUUUAAUUUUUUACAUUAAAUAUCUCUGAAUUAUUAUCAGAUUUAUAGUAUAUGAUGGUUAGAAGGGUCUUGUUAUUUUGUGAAUGUUUACAGAAAUGUGAUUCCUGCAGGCUGAUAGAGCAAUAUCUUGUGUUUAUAUUGUCUUAAAACAUUAUUAUCUCAAGUAAAGAGUUGUUUUAUCAUGAACAGGGAUAAAUAUUUGUGUUAGGUUAUUUGAUAAGUAAUUUUGUGUAUUUAUAGGUUUCUCUUUAAGCACAGAGGAUUAAGUGUUAACCCUGAAGUUAGUUUUUUAUGGCGUU